GCGGUAAUGCACCGUAUCGGUUUGCAAACCGCCAAUAAACUCGACAGAAGAGUGCGGUUCUUCAAACGCCGAAGCUAAGCUAAUGCCUUGAGGAUGCCGUCGAUUGAAUACGACGACUCCAAGCCCAGCUGGGCGGACCAAGUCGAGGAGGAGGGAGACGAAGGCACACUACCGUCACCCAAAGAAACAAUUAAAGGAAACAUUAAAACUAUCACAGAAUACAAGAUCGAUGAGGACGGAAAACGAUUUAAGAUUGUCCGGACCUUCAAGAUUGAAACGAGAAAAGCCUCCAAAGCAGUUGCCAGGAGAAAGAACUGGAAGAAAUUUGGGAACUCCGAGUUUGAUGCACCUGGCCCCAAUGUUGCCACUACCACAGUCAGUGAUGAUGUCUUCAUGACUUUUAUCUCCAGCAAAGAGGACUUGAAUGCCCAAGACCAGGAUGAGGAUCCCAUGAGCAAGCUGAAAGGACAGAAGAUUGUGUCUUGCCGUAUAUGCAAAGGCGAUCAUUGGACCACCCGCUGUCCUUACAAGGACACUUUGGGCCCCAUGCAGAAGGAGCUGGCUGAACAGCUCGGACUUUCUACUGGAGAUAAGGAGAAACCUGCUGGCUCCGCUGAACCAGAACCUGCACAGCCAGUGCAGAAUAAGACUGGCAAGUAUGUUCCCCCAAGUCUGAGGGAUGGAGGCACACGAAGAGGAGAGUCCAUGCAGCCCAACCGCAGAGCUGAUGACAAUGCCACCAUCCGUGUGACCAAUCUGUCUGAAGACACUCGUGAGACAGAUUUACAGGAGCUCUUCAGACCAUUUGGGUCCAUCUCCAGGAUCUAUCUGGCCAAGGACAAGAACACGGGACAGUCCAAGGGCUUUGCCUUCAUCAGUUUCCAUCGUCGGGAGGAUGCAGCCAGAGCCAUCGCAGGAGUGUCGGGAUUUGGAUACGAUCAUCUUAUUCUUAAUGUUGAAUGGGCCAAGCCGUCAAACAACUGAUGACAACCAGAAUAUUCCAUGCCAGAUUUUUUUUUUUUUAACUGAAAUGUGGCUCUUACCAAAAUAAAGGCUUCAGCUUCUC